AUGAGGGUAACUAAAAGAAUGGGUCCUGAAAACAGUUCUUCAGUGACUGAAUUCAUCCUGGUCGGAUUAACAGAGGAGCCUAAUCUCCAGUGCCCACUCUUCAUUGUGUUUCUAGUGAUGUAUGUGAUCACUGUGUUAGGAAAUCUGGGUUUGAUCAUCUUGAUUGGACUGAAUUCUCACCUUCACACCCCAAUGUACUUUUUCCUCUUUAACUUGUCCUUUGUUGACCUCUGUUAUUCUUCUGUGUUCUCACCCAAAAUGUUGAUGAGCUUUAUAUCAGAGAAGAACAUUAUUUCCUAUAGAGGGUGCAUGACUCAGCUUUUCUUUUUCAGUUUUUUCUGCAUUUCUGAGUGUUAUGUGUUGACCUCAAUGGCCUAUGAUCGCUAUGUGGCCAUUUGCAAUCCACUCUUGUAUAACACUGUCAUGUCUCCUAAAUUAUGUUUGAUCCUUAUGUUUGGCUCAUAUAUGAUGGCAUUUUCUGGUGCUCUGGCUCACACAGGAUGCAUGCUGAGACUGACCUUCUGUGAUGCCAACACCAUCAACCAUUACUUGUGUGAUAUUCUUCCUUUGCUCCAGCUCUCCUGCACCAGCACUUACAUCAAUGAGCUGGAGGUUUUUGUUGUUGUGGGCAUCAAUAUCAUUGUGCCCAGCAUCACCAUCUUUAUUUCUUAUGGUUUCAUCCUAUCUAGUAUUUUCCAUAUCAGAUCUACUGAGGGCAGGUUCAAGGCCUUCAACACCUGCAGUUCCCACAUAAUUGCUGUUUCUCUGUUCUUUGGAUCGGGUGCAUUUAUGUACCUCAAACCAUCCUCUGCCAUGUCAAUGGAUGAAGGUAAAAUUUCUUCUGUCUUUUAUACCAAUACAGUUCCUCUGCUGAAUCCCUUAAUAUACAGCUUGAGGAACAAAGAUGUUAAAGUUGCCUUAAUAAAGACAAUGAGUAAGAGAAAGUGUUGA